AUGACAGCGGCGACAGACGAGCACGGAGGUGCCAACAGCUAUGAUCUGCGCUGGGACGACCCCCUGCCGCAUGAGCUCUCGCCCAUCAAGUACUACCUGUCGCUUCCCUCAUCGCCUUCGACGAAAGCAGCCGUUGUCCUGAUACACGGUCGUGGAGACAACAUCAAUGACAUGGUCGAUUGCUUCCUUCCUACUCUUCAUCGUCGCUUCGGUGGGUAUGAGGGCCGCUUCGACGAUGAUGAUGACAACGACGGAGGAGAGGGAAGACAGGGCCCUGUGGCUAUUGUGGGCUUGGAGGCGCGCGACAACAUCUGGUAUCCCGAGAGUCACAACGCGGUCGAGCAAAUGAGCGCGGCCAACAACGAGCCCUACCAGUACUCCGCCCUGGACAAGCUUCGCAAGACGCUCCUAGACCUUACAAAUACCCACGGCAUUCCUCUCUCGAACAUCGUCUUGGGUGGUUUCUCGCAGGGAGGCAUCCUGUCUGACACCUAUCUUGUGGCCGGUCUUGGCCACCUCGACGGUGCGAAGUCAACUGAGCUGGACCUCGUACCACUCCCUGCAUAUAUUCUCUCCUUUGCCGGCUCCCUCUUCAAGACACCGCCUCGCUUUCCCGCUCGCAGCUACGCCUCAGCAGAGCAUCAGGAGCAGGUUCUCGCUGCGUCCAAGUCCCUCAAAUCGCCCGCGCAGCCCAAGAAGGUCACUGCCAGGCUCCUGUGCGGCCUCGCCGACCCGUACUUCCCAGAAGAGGAGAUCAAGUCGGCCGCCGCCACGAUCGUCAAAGCGUCCGAGGCGCGCAAGUCUCAGAUCGACGUCCAGGUCAGCGUCGGCCUUGAGCCAAACGCACCUCACAUCAUCACCCCCAGGAUGAUCGCAGCCCUCGUCGAGAGCCUCGAAGAGAUCCUUGGAGCGCAAUGA